GGUUACCCACUAACCCCUUCCUCUCCUCUUUCCCCUUUUUAUCACUCCCUCUCCACGCCUACCCACUCACUCUCAUUCCCUCUCUCAAAAUUCCACCAUGGCUACGUUACAGUACUCUCUCCUUCUUUCCUUCACACUAUCAGCACUCGUCUCCACCAUCUUAGCCCACAACAUAACCGACAUUCUCUCAGGCUUCCCGGAAUACUCCGAGUUCAACAAGUACCUUACCCAAACAAAACUAGCCGAUGAAAUCAACACUCGCCAGACAAUAACUGUCUUGGCUCUCAACAAUGGGGCUAUGACUGCUCUUGCAGCCAAACAUCCACUUUCAGUCAUCAAGAAUGCCCUUAGUCUUCUUGUUGUCCUUGAUUACUAUGACCCAACUAAACUCCAUCAGAUCUCCAAAGGCACCACGUUAUCCACCACUCUCUACCAAACUACUGGAAAUGCCCCUGGUAACCUCGGAUUCGUCAACAUUACAGAUCUCCAAGGUGGUAAAGUCGGCUUCGGCUCCGCUGCUCCCGGCUCGAAACUUGAUUCCUCUUACACUAAAUCUGUGAAGCAAGUCCCUUAUAAUAUUUCAAUUCUUGAAAUCAGCCAGCCGAUUAUAGCUCCAGGGAUUUUAACAGCUCCGGCCCCAACACCGUCAAGUGUGAACAUUACGGCGUUACUCGAAAAGGCUGGAUGCAAAACAUUUGCGAGUUUGUUACAAACUAGCGGUGUCAUUAAAACGUAUCAGUCAGCGGCGGAUAAAGGUUUAACUAUUUUUGCUCCAAACGACGAGGCGUUCAAGGCUGCUGGAGUACCUGAUCUGAGCAAGCUCACCAAUGCUGAAAUAGUCUCGCUCUUACAGUACCAUGCCACGGCUACUUACAGUCCGUUUGGGAGUUUGAAAACUAGCAAAGACCCGAUCUCUACGUUGGCUAGUAACGGUGCAGGUAAGUUCGAUCUGACGGUUACAAGUGCGGGUGACUCGGUGACUCUACACACUGGAAUCGGUCCGUCGCGAGUUGCUGAAACGGUCCUUGACUCAACACCGCUAGUGAUUUUCACUGUUGAUAAUGUGCUGCUACCGGUUGAGUUGUUCGGGAAAGCUCCGUCUCCAGCCCCGGCAGGGGAACCGGUGAGUGCACCGAGUCCGAGUCCGGUUGCAUCGAGUCCAGCUCCGGCUAGUGUUGAGGCUCCAUCUCCUCUCGCUGCUUCACCCCCUGCUCCGCCUGUGGAGACGCCUGGUGGUGCCCCAGCUGAGACGCCGUUUGGAUCCGAGAAUAGCACGGCGGAUGGUAGUGCUGCUGUUCACGUGAGUGUACCUGUUCAGGUCACUGUCUUUGCCACUGUAAUUUGUUCGAUUCUCAUGUCCUGAAUCGUAAUUAUCUAGCUCAGUUAAUUUGCUUUUUAUUUAUUAUUGGAUUUUGAGUUGUUAUUUUGUUAGAGAGGAUUAUUUUUAUUAUUAAUUUAUUUUGUUUUUGAAUUUAUCAGUGAUGAGGUGAUGUGAGGUGAGGUGAGUCAGCUGCGCAUUUUAGCGGCAGUACAUUUCCUAUUGUUGUAUUCAUUCAUCGAGUGCUACGCGUUACAUUAUUUUAAUGUAGGGAUCUGUUCGUUUUUC